AUGGCCUCCGUUUCCCCAUUAAGGUGUGUUGCUGGUGAUGAUGAUUUGGUGCCGCAGCAGCAGCUGCAGCAACGGCAGCAUAAACAGCUGCAGCAGCUGCAGCAGCAGCUUGAGCAGGAGGAGCAGGAGCAGCAGCAGCAGCAGCAACAGGAGGGAGACGGGGGAGGGCUCGGCAGAAUAAUUAGUAAGAAGAGGAAACGGCCUGCUACAGCAGCAGCAGCAGCAGCAGCAGCAGCUGCUGCUGCUGCUGCUGCUGCUAAGUGGGGGAAGACCAAGGGUACAGAACUACCUGUUGGAGAAGCAGCAGCAGAGUCUGCUGCUGCUAAAACAGACCCCACUCCUCCUGCUGCUGCUGCUGCAGCAGCAGCAGCAGGAGCAGCAGCAUACAAUUAUCCGCUGGUGCUGCCACGAAGUACAGCAGAUGAGCUUGAGGAGGGUUGCUGGGAAGCAGCAGCAAGGGGCAAACAGGCAGCAGCAGCAGCUAUAGCAGCAGCAGUAGCAGCAGCAGAAGCAGAAGCAGCAGCAGCGCGUGACGACGACGCUGCGCUAACAGAGGCGGCACCUGCUGCAGCAGCUGCUGCUGAAACUGGAGGGGGAGGACCAGCAGCAGAAGCAGCAACAGCAGCAACAGCAGCUGCAGCAACAGCACCGAGACUAGCAGCAGCAGCGCAAUCACUGGCUCAGCAACAGCUAGUGCAGCAGCAACUGCUGCAGCAGCAGCAGCAACUUCUGCAGGUGUUGCGGAGCCAACAGCUUCUGCAGCAGCUGCAGCAGAAACACCUGCAGCAGCAGCAACAGUUGCAGCAACAGCAGCAACAACAGCAGCAGCAACGACAACUGCAGCAGCAACAUCUACAACAGCAGCAACAACAGCUGCAGCAGCAAAAACAACUGCAACAACAGCAACAGGUGCCGCCGCAACAAGAGCUGCAGCAGCAACAGCAGCAGCAACAGCAGCAGCAACAGCAGCAGCAACAGCAGCAACCGCAGCAGCCGCUGCAGCAGCAGCAGCGACAAGAACAACAACAGCAUCAACAACAACAGCAGCAACAACAACAGCAACAACAGCAGCGGGCACUGCUUCAUCAGCGACGACGGCAGCAGCAGCAGCAGCAGCAGCAGCAGCAGCAGUUGGGGCAUCGAGUUCUGCACCGCCUGCAGCAGCAGAAGUCACAGCAGCAGCAGCAGCAACAACAGCAGCAGCAGCAGUGUCGUCAUCGUGUGUCUCUUAGCUGCCAAGCAGCAGCAGAAGCAGCAGCAGCACAGACACUAGGAAGGAGACCAGAAGCAGCAGGAAGGGGUUGGGCCUUUGCAGCAGCAGAACCAACGGCGGCAGAAACGACAGCAGCAUCAACAGAAACACCCGCAACAGAAGAGGCAGCUGCAGCAGCAGCAGCAGCAGCAGCAGCAGCAGCAGCAGCAGCAGAUAUGGAUGAAGGAGCUCCUCCUUUCUUCCUAAGGGGACCUAUGGGGAGGGGAGCAGCAUCCCCUCUGCUGUCUUGCUACUCAGACACUCAGCGGCAGCUGCUGCUGCUGCAGCAGCAGCAGCAGCUGGGGAAGGAGCAGCAGAAACAGCAACAGCAACGGCAGCAGCAGCAGCAGGGGAGAGCAAUGGAAGAAGAAGAGGAGCAGUUUCUCCAAUAUUGUCCGCUGCUGCUGCAGCAGCAGCAGCAGCAGCAGCAGACUCACCUCCAGCAGGAGCCUCCAUCAAAUACCUCUCUCCAACAGCAGCAGCUGCAGCAGCAGCAGCAACAACAGCAACAGCAACAGCAACAGCAGCAGCAACAGCAGCAGCAGCAGCAGCAGCAGCAAGUGCUGCAGGACUGCGCAGCAGACAAUCGCCACAUUGAAUUGACGACAGAAAAUCCUUCUCCUUGGACUCCCCUCUUAACUCGCCUGCAGCAGCAGCAGCAGCAGCAGCAGCAACAGCAACAAGAGCAACAACAGCAACAGCAGCAGCAGCUGCUGCUGCUGCAACAACAACAGUUGCAACAGCUGCAGCGGGAGCACGAACAGAAAUCUCUGUGGACAAAUGGGGGAGAAGAGCAGCAGCAGCAGCAGCAGCAACUGCAGCAGCAGCAACUGCAGCAGCAGCAACUGCAGCAGCAGCAAAUGUACGGUGUGGACUCAGCUUUGUCACCAGCAGCAGCAGCAGCACCAGCAGCAGCAGCAGCAGCAGCAAGAGCAGCAGGAGCAGUUGGUUACUGUUCAACACAAUCGCUGCAGCAGCAGCAGCAGCUGUCGCUGUUGCAGUUGCAGCUGUCUGCAUCUUUGCGCAGCAGCAGCGCAGCAGCAGAAGCAGCAGCAGCAGCAGGAGCAGGAGCAGGAGUUGGUGCCAUACAGGAGUUCCAUCAGCAGCAACGUUUGCUGCUGCUGCAGCAGCAAGAGCAGCAGCUGCAGCAGCAGCUGCAGCAGCAGCUGCAGCGAACUAAGCAAGGAUGGCGCUCCCUGCUGUGCCUAUCUAGUGGGGCCCCACACUUACUAGAUAGAUCCUCCAUAC